AUGGGGUUCCAAUGGGGUGGUUGGUGGUUUGUUAACAAUGUCAUCCCGUUUGGUUGGAAAAUCUCACCAUAUGUUUAUCAGACAUUGGGUAUGUUACUUGAGUGUGGGGAAUGUGAGUAUGGGGAAUAAGUGGGGAGAUUUUGAGUAUGGGGAGUUGAGUGUGGGUAUGGGAGGAAAUGGUGGGAGAGAAAGAGGUAGGAAGCAGGGCUGAAUUCCGUGUGGAUCCUACCUCCAUGUUUCGAAUGAAACAAUGGAUCUUCCUUUUCCCCAAUACUUAAUCAGUGAUCCGUGGAAGAAUGGCCAGUUUGGAUAGUUUACUAUUCAAACUGGCAAAAUGUUCCACGGGAACUGAUUGAGUAUUAAAAUGUGCAUAAGGGGUGUGUUUAUUGAAUAAUUGAUGAAGAGAAAUGCAUAAAAGACUGGAUCGCCGGUAAUACAGCUUGUUUUGUGCUGAUCGCCGCGGGGAAGAAGUGUUUAUGCAAAGAGAUUAAAUCACGGACCAGGGUGGGUGGGUGGGAGGGUUGGGAGUGGAGAGGGAAUAUAAUUUGUAUGUGGCAUGUUGUGCAGCCCCCACCCUCCCACCCCAUUCUUCGGCUAUCCAUGCUGGUCUUCCGCUGCGGAUUCUACCUCCAUGUUUCGAAUGAAACAAUGGAUCUUCCUUUUCCCCAAUACUUAAUCAGUGAUCCGUGGAAGAAUGGCCAGUUUGGAUAGUUUACUAUCAUCAACUUGGAUCUGAGCCAAAGAUAUAAGCUACUGGCCAUUAAACACACUCAAAUGACGGCGGAUUAUCUUGAAACACAACAGAAACACAAGAUGGACGAGUUCUGAGACGAAAUCGAAGUCACCUCAGAAAAACAACAGAAGAUGAAGAUGAAGUUGAUGAGACACCUCCAACAGAAAUUCACACAGACGAAGAUAGAGAAUCGAACCAGACUGAAGAAAGGCAGUCAAAACAAGCGGUAGAGUGUCAAAGAGAACAAAAAGUAGAAAUACGAACACGUUCAGGACGGUUAGUAAAUAGACCUGCGUAUUUGAAAGACUAUGUAUCAUUUGUGUUUUGAAAUGCGAACAGGAUUAAAUAAUAAACUUAAAUAUUUGAACUAGUAAUACUACAUUUAGGUAUAUAUUGUUGUAAUUUAAAAUGACUCUAAAAAAAAUGUUUGUAUAGUUUCUAUCUCCUUUUAAAGAAGAAAGGAUGUAACAAGAAGUAUGUAUCAUGGAACAGUAAUGCGGGCUCAGAGUACUAAUGUAUAAAAGAGAUAGCAGUUUUAUUAAAUGUGUCUUAAUCUACUGUACUUAAAUGUGUGCAUGUGUUAAUAUAAAACGGGACGUUUAACACUCAUGUUGGCAUUAACAAUAGCAUAGCAGUAUUCUGUGACGAUGACCCAAUGGUGUGUCCAUACUGUAAUUUUGCAGAAGAAGGUACAGCUAGUGGGUAGCAAUAGUUCAUUGUAGGCGUACGGUGUAGGUAGGCUUAUUUAUGUUGACUUAAUAAUCAAUUCUGUUUUAAUACUUUUAUAGUUGAGCAGGAUGAUGAAAACAAAAGAUCACCUAACGCACCUACAACUCUUAUAAAAAUACUGUUAUAUACACUUCAACAAUUUUGUUAAGUACUAUUAUGAAAACUUGUCUAUUGACAAGAAGAUUGUGUUACCUUUAAAUUUAAAGCUACUUUAAGUAGCUGUUUAAUGUUUGUGGAGCACUGUUACAAUAUAUAGUCUAUACAUUAGUUAUCAUGGUUUAUUUCAAAUAAAGCAUUUGGUCUAUCCACUGCAGGAAUACUGUUGGAUGAAAAAACUUAUGUCCAGGACAUUAUAUAUUAUUCUAGGGAUAACAGGCAAAAUUUACACAUUUCUUAGUGAGAUUUCAACUGAACCUGGGAAGUAGAAAAAUAACUUACUUAAUUAGUUUUGAAAUACUCUCUUAAUGAGUCUCUUAUCACUUCUGCAUUUGCAUUAAGGACUUUAAGAUACCACGGCAACAGACUACGGACAAGCGUUUUCAUGCACGGUCUAACAUUUGGAAGAUUGGGCUGACUACGACAAAAAGCGCGCGACGUACGGAGAAGUUUAGCGAUUAAGAUUUCGACUACAAAGGCGACAACGUACUUCACUACUUGAUUUAUAUAUAUAUAUAUAUAUUAGUCCUAAUUCAAAACUUAAGGACACUCAUAAACCGGUUGAGAUGUCCUUUCAAGAUGUUAGAACAGCUCUGGUGUUAAGUUAUGGCGAUGGGCAGAUAGAUGACGAAGAGUUCGUGCUUCUCUACGAUGCAUAUAAGUCAACAAAUCCUGCUUACCCUUACUGGGAAUUCGGUGAUUUUUGCUGGGAAGAGUACGAUUCCAGUGAGUUUGAAGCCAUGUUCAGAGUAAAACAAGAGGACAUACCUAUUCUUGUAGAUGCUUUGAGAGUUCCAGAAACGUUUAAGUGUGGUCAAGGAUUUGUGAUGGCAUUGAAGGGUUGUGCAUACUGUUAA